GUUACGUAUAAGUGUCGACAAAUAUCCCCCAAAUACACGACGUAAGGGUGGAGAAAUUGAUAUUUCCCCUAAAUAACCGACAUGAAGGCGGAGAAAGCGAUAUUUCCCCUUUAUUUACGCUUUUGUCCCCUUUAUCUCCCCUUUGUUGAUUGAUUGGGAAACUGGCUGACUUAUAUUCUUGUAUAUUAAAGACCAAUAAGGAUCUGAUUGUGCUCAUUCAAGGGAUCUUCACUUUUAAAAAAACAACAACUGUGUAUUAGUAAAACAAACCAUUCUUGAAAGCUUGAGCCUCAAGCUCUUGUAGGGUCUUUCAACUAAACUUAUUGGUCGGUUACCUGAUGUUGAAAUGUACCAAUUGAAACGACGCUAAGCCAAAAUUUGAUUGGUAGUUAACUUGACCUUGAGAAGGACAACCGCGGUCAAUUUUAUAUCUUUGUUUUCAAUAUGAGCUAUUGAUUGGUAGCAAUCUAGAGACUAUUAGGUGAUCCGAAAUGGCAUCUCCUUUGCUCGCGAAGGUUGGUACGUGCAUUGUACAUUCUGCUUUGGGCUCGCAAACAUGUACUUUGGACUCAUUCUGGCGAGAUCAAACAUGUAUUAUUACGUUCUUUCGUCGUUUGGGAUGUAAAUUUUGCCGACUAGAAGCUAAAAAUUUGAGUCAUUUAAAACCUGCUUUGGAUGCACGCAAUAUUAAAUUAAUGGGAAUUACAUUCGAUGAAAGUGGUGUAAAAGAAUUUUUAGAUGGACAUUAUUUUGAUGGAGAUCUUUAUUUAGAUCCUGAACGUAAGACAUAUAAAGCUUUAGAAUAUAAAAAAGUCUCCGCCUGUUCUGGUUUCUGUUCUUUACUGACGAAAGCUGGUCGUUCUUUAAAUUCAAAGGCAAAGGCUGCUAAUAUACCUGGUAAUAUGACUGGAGAUGGUUGGCAAACUGGUGGACUUCUUGUGGUUGAAAAAGGUGGUAAAGUUCUCUAUCAUUUUGAACAGAAAGAAGUUGUAAAUCAUCCUGAUUAUAAGCAAAUUAUUGAUGUUUUGAAAAUUAAUCCUAAAGAUGUACCAGAAUUCGCUACUGUUUUAUCACAAGAAUGUGAUGAUGCUUGUAAAAUGUGAAUAUAGUCUGAUAUUUGAAACUAUUCAGUGAAGAAGUAAUGCUCAUUAUGUGAAGUUCAACUUCCUAAUCUUUUUCUUUAAAAAAAGUUUUUUUUGGUUUAUAGUACUUUUUUGUUUGUUAUAGUGAGUUUUAUUCCAUCCUGUUGAACUUUUAUGGAUGCAAUAGGUAUCUUAUAUUGAAAAUUGUAUUAAAUUGUAUGUUUUAAUUAGACUUUAUGUUAUACAAUGGGUUUUUCAUUAUUUCAAAUUUGUUAUUCACUAUUAACUGAUGAGAUAAUGAAGAAUACAAUGUUUGAAUGAGUCAAAUUAUGAUUUGAUGUGAAGAUAAAAUUAGAAUAAGAUAUUGUAUUAAAUACUUUUACAGUACUGAAUAAUAAUAAUAACAAAGUUGAACGAAAACUAUGUUCAAAUGUGAGACAUCUUCAAAGUAGUUUAUACGAUACUCCACCAGUUAAACGAAAAUAUUAUUAGGAUUACGAAUCAACUUAAGUUAGGCAACCAUUGAUAACCUAGAAGCAGUGGACGGUUGUUUCAUCCUAUUGUGGGACUUUUCAGCAGUGCUCACCCAUAACCCCGCGACGAGGUAUCAAACCCAGGACCUUCAGUCUUGCACGCUAUAACUUAACCUCCAGACCACUGAACCGGACUUCAAUAAAAAUGCUCAUUUUUGAUUCUACUCUAAACUAACUCCCUAACCAAGUAUAGAUUUAUUUACAUUCAGUUUUACUCUACAGGUUUUAUGUGUGUCAGCUAGUGAUACUAACCGACUGGUUGAAUUCAAGUAGUCGGAGUUGGGUUCAAAUCUGCAGUUUAGUGAUGAGAUCAAUAAUUUACAGAACAAAUAAUAAUUGAGCUGUUGUUUAACUUCGGCCUUAACUCUUGUGUCUAUAAAUCAGUCUGGCAACCUAAAGUAUUUCAGACAGCAUAAUUAACAAUCAUUGUAUACAUUUCAUUAAUGAAUAUAAGUGUUCAUUAAGUAUUUUGUGCAAUACGUAUUUAUCAAAAUUAGCUGAUGAAAUAGAAAAUGUCAUUUCUGUUAGCUUACUUAAUUAUACUUUUUACCCAUCGUGAAACAGGUCGACAACUAAGAUUCUCCAAUCAACUUUGUCCUGGGCUUUUUUUUUCCAGUUGUUCUCAAGUGCUAUUUUUUUCUUUUUCUGUCUGCCUCCAAUUCCCAGUGAAAUGUGUUCUUGGGUCUUCCUCUUUUCCAUUUUCCCUCAGGAUUCCAUGUUUUGUCACGUAGUUUGAUUAUUUCUCCAAUUUAUGCCCUAUCACUCCUAACGUCUUUUGCUAAUUUCCUCUUCAGAUGGUAGCUGGUUUGUUCUCUACUACAGCGAGUUAUUUCUGAUAGUUAUCUAUUUAACUGAAAGGUCAUUAAAGUGACAACUAAUAUGGCUUGUUAAGUAGCUUAUCAUCAUAUUUGCACUAUUUUUUGCUUCAAAAAAAAGCGAAAGAAAAUGGAAUAAUAUCUCUAUUAGUUCAAAAUCUAUCUUUUAACGUAGUUCGCUCGAUAGAACAUUUGAUUACCAUAGUUUUAUUCUUAACAGUAUCAGGUUCAAAUCACUUAGUCAUUAAUAUCAUAUAACUUAAACAUAUCCACCAUCUAAGUAAUUACAUGAGCAGAACACAGAGAACAGCAAGGGAAUUGGAAAGGAAAUUAUGCUGAAAAGGAAUGCAUCUCAAAAAGGAUAGCUAAAUUCAUGGAGUAAAACAUGGCAUAUUAUUGAAUUUCGAAGUCAAGAGAUCUGUAAUGAUUGAUCUCACUUUUGACUAACAUUAGCUACGUAGAUAGAUAUAUUAUUUAUGGAAUUUUUUGUAAAUUUCAUAAAAUCACAUAGACAAUCUAAAACGCUGUUAUUAAGAGUUUGUAUUCUGAACUGCUAUAUGUGCAUCCUGAAUGGAUUGCCUCAAUAAAGUGUUAUGUUACAAGUUUAUGUAUUACAUUAGCGGUAUGUUUGUGUAUCAGCAUAAACAUCAACAUUAGGCUGCACGUAUAAUUCGGCCGACUUGUUCUAAUUAAGAUGUAAUCCGCGUCCUAGAUUCUACUGCUAACCACAUGCCAAAUAUAACCGAAAUAAAGCAUUAUUUUAGCUUGUUCUGAAAUAGUUAUUACAGGCUUAGGAAAUAUGUUUAUAUAUUAUGUGAAUUCCACCUUAUUAUUAAUUACUAUGCAUGACUAGUGUUCUAUAAGAUAAGUAAAUUUU